AUGAAUCAGAUACCCGAGAUUCUGUAUGGCAAAACCGGACAGAAGACUUGGUGUAUCGUUGGUGCAUCCAGAGGUAUAGGUCUGGAAUUCGUACGACAAUUGAUUGCUCGUGAAGACCGCAUAUUCGCUACCGUCCGCGACACCGCCGCCGUUCAUGCAUCCGGGCUCUGGGCGCAAGCAGGAGGUGAUCAUGGUCGCUGUCAAAUGCUGAUCUGUGAUGUCUUGUCAGAACAGAGCAUAAAUAACUUCGUUGCUCAACUUGCUGCAGUACCGGACCUGAAGUUGGACUAUGUUGUAAUUAAUGCUGGCGUGUUGAGAUAUCCGAAUAGAGCGACUGAGUUUUCUUUCGAUGAAUUUGCCUUCCACUUGCACACCAACACGAUUGGACCGAUCAUCACCGCUCAAAGACUUCUUCAGACAAUGAUCCCGAUUGGAACGAUUGUCUUCAUGUCCAGCGACUCUGGCUCAACACAGCGUUUCCUGGAGAUGGAAGAUGGGUUUGCAGCUUACUCCGCGUCAAAAGCUGCAUUGAAUCAAGCAAUGCGACAUAUGGCUGCCGAGCUCAAGCGGAAAGAUGAUGAUACCAUCUUGUUAGCAAUUCAUCCGGGAGAGGUUGCUACAGAUAUGGCGAAUAUUGAUCUUGGUUGGGAAGUUGACGGCAUCAUGACACCACAAGAAUCAGUGUCGGCGAUGAUCAAGGUCAUCGAGAGUAAAGGAAUACAGCACAGUGGAACGUUCUGGACAUGGGAGAAUAAGCAAUAUCCCUGGUAA